AAUUUCGCCUACGAUAGACAAACGAAAGGAGGGCCAUCAAAGAAUCAAAGAUAACAGGAGAUUCUAGAAACCAGAAGAGAAAGCUCGAGUUUUCUAGAGAGAGACACAAAUGGCAUCAUCGCUCUCCCGGUGGCUCGUUGACCCGAACCGCAACCCGCUGGCCGCCAUCCACAAGAAAACCAUCUCCACGCGCCUCCGAAAAUACGGGUUGCGCUAUGAUGACUUGUACGACCCAAUGUACGAUUUGGAUGUGAAGGAGGCGCUGAACCGGCUGCCUAGAGAAAUCGUGGACGCGAGGAACCAGCGCCUCAAGCGAGCCUUGGACCUCUCCUUGAAGCAUGAGUACCUCCCUGAGGAGCUUCAGGCAAUGCAGACGCCAUUUAGGAGCUAUCUUCAGGAGAUGUUGGCUCUUAUCAAAAGAGAGAGAGCUGAACGCGAAGCGUUGGGUGCGUUGCCCCUUUAUCAGCGUACCAUUCCCUGAGCCAAUUCCGUUAAGUUUCGAUUGUAAUGUGAUCUUUUAUGAAACAACGAUGUAAGUUAUUGUGACUUGGGAAAUACAGGACUGUUAUGCGGUUUGUCAAACUUUUGAAUUUCAUGAUGUAUGUUAAUGUCACCUACCUGGGUUACUUGUUACUGUUAAUAACGUAUACAACUUUCUGAUUAUAAGAUUCUUUAAUUUGCUGGAAA